AUGCCUUCACAGAUUUCAUCUAUACGACACUUAAACACAGUUAACAGUGCUGAUAUUAACUGGAAUAUUGGAAUAUUGUUUAAAACCAGCCCGUUUCCUUUACAAGGAAUCAUUAAAUCUCGUGUUGCUGAAAUGAGUGCCGACGCCGGUCCAUGUUCAACAGGGACGAUUGGUGCAAUUUGUGAGAACAAAGCAAGCAGUGCAGAAUGCACUGUGGCAUUUCCAACUGAACCAGAUGUUAAUGGAAAGCGAUGUCUAAAUUGUUGUCAGCAACCUGAAUAUGCUUGUUCUGAUGUCGCAAAUGUGGUUCCCUUAUCUUGUGCAGAUGUAAAAAAGAAAAACCUAUGUAAUACAAACAUUACAUUAUUGAUGAAACAAAUUCUAAAAGCUUGUCCACAAACUUGCGGUUUGUGUAGUGUAAAUGAUUGCAAUGACCUGGAUUCUCAAUUUUGUACAAAAAAUCAAGCCUCUGCGAUCACCAAAAUUUCAAGCUAUUUAUGUUGGAAUAUUGCCGAAGAAUUUGCAAUGCCUGCGACAAUACUUGUACCGAUAAAGCAAGUAACUGUGACAACAAAUAUUGCGAUGUUGACAUUUAUAAGGAUCUGA